GCUACUGAGGAGGAGAUCUACUCACUGGCAAAGCUCUUCUCAGAGAUUGGCGGUCUCUGCUCUCUCUUUAUCGGCUUCAGCUGCAUCUUCAUCUUUGAACUGCUGGAGGCUAUGCUCUUGUUCCGGUCGGACAAGCGGGAGCUGCGAGUGGUGGCUGGAGAAACGGAGCAGUCACCGGCCUACUGCUGUGCGGACGAGGCGGCCGCUGCAGUGACAAGAAACGGCGGGAGACGAAAAAAACGAUCUCCGAUGUCGAUGGAGAAGAACUCUCUCCACAGUGCCGCAGCCAAAUCAGAGACGGUAGACAGGCAGGUGAAAACGGUGAGCAAUGAGGCGGAUAAGGAAACCACCAAGCAGGAGAGAACGGAGACGGUGAUGAUUACUGUGAUGAUGCGCACGAGUCCGUCACUUGAACGUAAGCCGACUGCAGUUUCGGAAAAUGAAGUCACGCGAUGGGCCGCUGAUAAUCUUGCAUUAGCGGAUUCCCAAGGCAAGUUCUGGACAAUAUAUCUUAUUCUCAUUCAUGGGGUCCGUGUGGACUACAUAGUCAAGGAGAAAACUGAUCUUUUGCUGAAAGCAAUUGCUUACGAUUCCGCAUUUUAG